AUGGGGAAGUGGUCACCUGCAGCUGCCCAGACCUGGCACCCAGGAGAGGAGCAGGCAGGGGCAGCUGUCCUGGCCUGGGAGGGGUGUGUAUCGACUAGAUACUUCUACAGACUAUUCCUUGGGGCCACACGUAGGUUCUUGAAUCCCGAAUGGAAAGGGGAGAUUGAUAACUGGUGUGUUUAUGUUCUUACAAGUCUUCUGCCUUUUAAAAUCCAGUCCCAGGACAUCAAAGCUCUGCAGAAAGAACUUGAGCAAUUUGCCAAGCUCCUGAAGCAGAAGAGGAUCACCCUGGGAUAUACACAGGCCGAUGUGGGGCUCACCCUGGGGGUUCUAUUUGGGAAGGUGUUCGGGCAAACGACCAUCUGCCGCUUUGAGGCUCUGCAGCUUAGCUUCAAGAACAUGUGUAAGCUGCGGCCCUUGCUGCAGAAGUGGGUGGAGGAAGCUGACAACAAUGAAAAUCUUCAGGAGAUAUGCAAGGCAGAAACCCUGGUGCAGGCCCGAAAGAGAAAGCGAACCAGUAUCGAGAACCGAGUGAGAGGCAGCCUGGAGAAUCUGUUCCUGCAGAUAUAA